UCCCCGCCGCCGCUGAGCCCGGGCCGCGGGGCCGGCGCUGUGCGGGCGCUCCGCCCUCUCUCGCAGUCACCAUGGCGGGCGCGGCCGUGCUGCGUGUGCGGCGGAAGCGCGGCGGCUCCGAGCCGGCCGAGGCGCUGCUCCUGGCCUGCAAGCGGCGCCGGGCCGAGCCCGUAGAGAACAACCUCUUCAAGCUCGCGGCGACCGUGUCCUCCAAGAACGAACCAGUUCAGAAAUACGUUAAAGAUGCCAUCACACGGGACAAGGCAGCUCAGAGCCUGCGGCCGCCUUUGGGAAGCACCCAGCAAAUCCUUCAGGAGCUGCGCUGUGCCAGGCAGGCGGAAAGGAAGGAGAAGCGGUACCGGGUCAUUUCCAGCCACCGGCCCCACUGUGCCCACACAGCUGCACCUGCCGCAGAUGGACAGGCUGUGCCCCACGGGGACAGGUUGGACUCUGAAGCACUGCAGGAUGCUUCACCAGAGGAGAGCGGCACUGUGGAUAAGAGUUCAGACUGCUGUGGGAAAUUCCAGCUGUUUGAUAUUAUACAAGAAGAGGAGACAGUGGGAGAUUCCAGUGUAACCACUGCAAACCCACAGCAGAAGACCAAUCCAGAUGCAAUUCUCUGCAAUGCAGUAGAGAUGAUCCGUGAGCGUUUAAACAUUUCUGAAGAUGGUAAAGAACAACACGGUCACAAAGAGGAUGAGUAUGUUUAUGACAUCUACUAUAAGGAAACAUCAGCCCCUGACUGGAUUGAAAAUAUCCUUUCUGUACAGCCCUACAGAGAAGAAUAUGAAUGGGUAAAUGAUGAUCCUGGUCCAGAGGAAGUGUAUGAUGAUGAAGAUGAUGAAAAUGAUGAAAAUAACUGGCGUAAUGAUUAUCCUGAGGAAGAUGAAUUCUUGCCUGAGGAAGAUGGAGAAAAAGAUUCUGAAGAGAGCUUCAGUGAUGAGGACCAAUGUUACAGAAGAAGAACAUGGGACAAGUAUCGAGAGGAGGUUUUGAAGGAAUUUGGAUACGAUCAGAUUGAAGAUUUGGGUUCUGACUAACAGCCUGGUUUUGGAGAUGAAAUGCACACUGAGGGUGAACAUUUGCUGCUGUAGGAGAAUGUACUGUCUGAGCAGCCAGCUUCAGCUGGUGGACAUUAAACAGAUGGGUGUGUUAUAGGUAAAAGAUAAGUUACGUUAAAUUAGGGUAGAGUUAAAUUAUAUUGUAUAUAUUACGUUAUAUUAAUUGUAUUAUGUUAAGAGUUUGGGGGGUUAUGAGAAUGUUCUAGAAGGGUCCAGGGUUUGGUGGAAUGGAGGUCUGGCAGGGCAAGGCGAGGUCAAAGAGGGAUUGGAUGGAAGAUCUGACCAAUCAUUCAAAGCCCUGCAUAAAUGAUUGGUCCAGAAUGAACGGCGUUAAAGAUGAAUGAGGAGCCUGGAAAUGGACCAAUCACCAUGCAUAUCCGUAAUGGAGCAAUCCUGGACUCGAAGGGGUCUAUAAAUGGGGGCAGUUUAGUUGGGUUGGGGUUAUUCUUUUUGGAAAGUUGCUUUUGGGGGAGAACCCAGUGCAUUUGUGGGUAGCGUUUUUGGCUCACUGUGUGGGUGUUUGGGCUUAUCCUAGGUAUUCCAUUCCUUGUAGCUAUUUUAAUAA